ACAAUUAUGCAAAAAUUGUAUAAAAAGUACGCCAAAUAAUAAUAUUUUCUUCUUAGGUUCUUGAUACAUACUGUAAAAAUAGAUUGAAUUAGAAGCGGUGACGAAGUUUUAAAUAUAAAUCCAGUAAACUUUCAAUUAAAUCAUAAGAAUGAAGCAGAAUAAUAAUAUUGUGUCUGGACCUUUAAUUGACGAAACGAAACUAGAAAUCUCAGCAGCAAAAUUUUUUUUUGAAAAUGUACAAAAACAUGGAUCAAAAGUUGCAAUGAUAAAUGCGGAAACAGGUGAAGAAUUCACGUAUGAAAAAAUAUUUAAUGAUAGUUGUAAACUGGCAACUUAUUUAAAAAGGUUAAAUUUGACAACAAAUGAUCGAGUGGCAGUCUGCAGUGAAAAUAAUUUAUUUUACAGUAUACUAGUUCUAUCCAACAUUUUUCUUGGUACAACUCUGUGUCCAUUAAAUCCAUCAUACACGAAAAAUGAAUUGAUGCAUAUUAUGUUAAUUUCAAAACCGAAAUACAUAUUUGCGACACCCUCAAUUGCGUCAAGAAUGCAAGAAGUUAUCCAGAAUUUACCUUGGUCUCCAAAGCUCUUUUUAAUUUACGGAAAUGUAUCAAAUUCAAAAAUACCAAACAUGCAGGAAUUAAUAUCGCAAGUCUCAAGUUCAGAAUUAAGAGCUUUUAAGCUUCCCGUAGUGGAUGUUCGAAAUCAUGUGACUUUCAUUUUUUGCUCGAGUGGAACUACAGGGCUUCCAAAAUGUGUCAUGUUGACUGACCGAAAUAUAUUAACUUAUGUAUAUCGAGAAGAACAUGAUUUCAUUUUUCUGAAUAAAGCUCAGAAUGAAAUAAGGAGUAUUUUACUUGUAACACCUUUUUUCCAUGGACACGGUUCUUUCACGAUGAUUUUUGAUACUUUGAUACAUGGCAGAAAAUCCAUUUUGCUUCCUGAAUUCGAGGAACACAAAUUUUUAAGAACUAUUGAGAAACACAAGACUCACAUGUUGAUAUUGGUGCCCCCGUUACUGGUUCUUUUAGCUAAAAGUUGCAACAUAGAAAAAUACGACUUAUCCAGUGUGAAAAUUAUUAUGAGUGGAGCUGCUCCACUGUCAUAUGAAACCGAAGUAGCAGUUAUAAAGCGAUUUAACAACCGAAUACAGAUUUAUUGUGGUUAUGGAAUGACUGAGAUGACAAUGAACAUAAUGACAACCACCAAACUUACUAAACCUGGAAGUGUUGGAAGACUAGCACCUGGUGUUAAAGGUAAAGUGAUACCACUGGAGAACUUGGAAUCUAGUGAAUGUUUAGGAAGAAAUCAGAUAGGUGAGCUCUGUUUUAUGGGUAGUACAAUUAUGAAAGGAUAUUGUGAUGAUAAAAAAGCAACAGCCUCUUUAGUUGACAAAGAUGGUUGGCUUCAUACUGGAGAUGUUGGAUAUUUUGAUAAGGACGGUUAUUUAUACAUUGUCGAUAGAAUAAAAGAACUAAUAAAAUAUAAAGGCUUUCAAGUACCACCAGUCGAAUUAGAAGCAGUUUUACUUACAAAUCCACAUGUAAGGGAUGCUGCUGUUGUUGGUUUACCAGAUGAAAGAGCUGGUGAAUUGCCAUUUGCUUUUAUUGUGAAGCAACCUAAUUCCAAUUUGACAAAACAAGAAAUUACAGAUUUCGUGAAUGCACGUGUAUCAAUUCAAAAGCAUCUGAGAGGAGGAGUACAAUUUGUGAAAGAAAUUCCCAAAACCGCUUCGGGGAAAAUAGUUCGUCGGAAAUUGAGAGAAUUAUUAUUAAGGUCGAAAUUGUGAGGAUUAUAUAUCUAAAAUUUUACUAUUCAAAUUACUUAAAAUUGGAAAUUAGUCGAAACUCAAAAAAUGUAAUUUUUUGAAAAGCCUUGC